AUGUUAAACCAGAUCUGUGUCACUGAGUUCAUACUCCUGGGACUUUCACAGAAUCCCAAAAUUGAGAAAACAUUAUUUGUUUUAUUUUUGUUUUUCUACCUUGCAACCGUUGGGGGCAACAUGAUAAUUGUGGUAACAAUUGUAUGUAGCCCCUCACUUUUUGUUACCCCCAUGUACUUCUUUUUGUCUUUUCUCUUUUUGGAUGCAUGCAUUUCUUCUGUAAUCACACCCAAGAUGAUUAUAGACUUCUUCUAUGAGAGGAAAACUAUCUCCUUUGAAUGUUGCAUGACACAACUAUUUGCAAUCCACUUCUUUGCAGGGGCAGAAGUGAUUGUCCUAGCAGCCAUGGCCUAUGACUGCUAUGUGGCCAUUUGCAAGCCCCUUCACUAUUCUUCCAUCAUGAACAGGAGGGUGUGUGGCAUUCUGGUGGGUACAGCAUGGACAGGAGGCUUCUUGCAUUCUAUCAUACAAAUUAUCUUCACUUUGCAACUGCCUUUCUGUGGACCCAAUUCUAUUGAUCAUUUCAUAUGUGACUUGUUCCCAUUGCUAAAACUUGCCUGCACUGACACUCAUAUUUUUGUUGUUCUAGUGUUUGCCAACAGUGGGUCUAUCUGCAUCAUUAUUUUUUCCUUAUUACUUGUGUCUUACAGUAUCAUCUUGUUCUCUCUGAGGUCUCACAGCUCUGAAGGGCAGCGCAAAGCUCUCUCCACCUGUGGAUCCCACAUUACGGUUGUGCUUUUGUUCUUUGUCCCGUGCAUAUUAAUAUAUGCACGAAAUACUUCUGCAUUCUCUUUUGAGAAAAAUGUGUUUAUAUUUGCUGAUGUCCUGACUCCACUGCUCAAUCCCAUAGUUUACACAUUCAGAAAUAAAGAAAUGAAGAAUGCCAUUCAGAAAAUUUGGAAGAGAUUGUUUAAUAUUUCCUGUAAAAAUUAA